GGCGGCGGCCGCUCCGGUUUUCCACGCGAACGAGCGGCGAGCUCCGGCUGAGGGCAGGGGUCGGGCUAGCGGGGAGUGGCGGGGCAGGUCGGGCCGAUAGGCGGCGGCACCUGGACGCGACAGCGGCGGCACCGCCCGCCCGCCCGGCGGGGAGGGGAAGGAGGCGGAGGCGGGGGGAGCGGAGCGGCCGCCGCGCGCUGCCGCAUGUGCUUGGAGAGGCGCCGGAGCGGGCAGCGCGAGCCAUGGCGGAGCACGGCGGUCCCGGCAUCCCCAACGGCGAGUGCGCCGCCCGCCGCCCCGGCAACAGGGUCACCGUCGUGCUGGGCGCGCAGUGGGGCGACGAGGGUAAGGGCAAGGUGGUGGAUCUGCUAGCUCAGGACGCCGACAUCGUCUGCAGGUGCCAGGGAGGCAAUAAUGCAGGGCAUACAGUUGUUGUGGAUGCUGUGGAGUAUGACUUCCAUCUUCUGCCAAGUGGGAUCAUCAAUCCAAAAGUCACUGCAUUUAUUGGAAAUGGUGUUGUAAUUCAUUUGCCAGGACUCUUUGAAGAAGCUGAAAAAAACUUAAAGAAAGGAAAAGGACUGGAAGGAUGGGAAAAGAGACUAAUAAUUUCUGACAGAGCUCAUAUUGUGUUUGAUUUCCACCAAGCUGCUGAUGGCAUCCAAGAACAACAGAGGCAAGAACAAGCAGGGAAGAAUCUGGGAACUACCAAAAAAGGAAUUGGUCCAGUAUAUUCUUCGAAGGCAGCUCGAAGUGGACUCAGAAUGUGUGACCUUGUUUCUGAUUUUGAUGACUUUUCUGAGAGGUUCAAAGUAUUGGCCAAUCAGUACAAAGCAAUAUAUCCCACGUUAAAGAUAGAUAUUGAAGGGGAAUUGGAAAAGCUGAAGGGCUACAUGGAAAAAGUAAAACCAAUGGUAAGGGAUGGUGUUUAUUUCAUGUAUGAGGCUUUACAUGGACCACCAAAGAAGAUCUUAGUUGAAGGUGCAAAUGCAGCACUACUGGACAUAGAUUUUGGCACAUACCCUUUUGUGACUUCAUCAAACUGCACAGUUGGAGGUGUGUGCACAGGUCUGGGCAUGCCGCCGCAGAACGUCGGCGAAGUGUACGGGGUUGUGAAAGCCUACACAACCAGAGUUGGAAUUGGUGCCUUUCCUACAGAGCAGGAUAACGAAAUUGGAGAAUUGCUGCAACAGAGAGGCAAAGAGUUUGGUGUUACUACUGGUAGGAAGAGAAGAUGUGGCUGGCUGGACCUUGUCUCACUCCGAUAUGUCUACAUGAUUAACGGAUUUACUGCAUUGGCACUUACCAAAUUGGAUAUCUUGGAUGUAUUUCCAGAAAUCAAAGUUGGUGUUGCAUACAAACUAGAUGGUGAAAUCAUACCUCAUUUUCCUGCCAAUCACGAAGUCUUAAACAAAGUAGAGGUUCAGUACGAGACACUCCCAGGAUGGGUUACGGACAUAUCAAAUGCCAGGACGUUUGAUGAGCUGCCUGUAAAUGCACAAAAUUAUGUUCGUUUUAUAGAAAUGGAGUUGGGUGUUCCUGUUAAAUGGAUUGGAGUAGGGAAAUCCAGGGAAUCAAUGAUCCAGCUGUUUUAAAGAUUUCAGAUGCAUGGAAGAAAGCACACUCCUCAAAAGACUGCUCAUUCUUAAAUGCAUUAGUAGCCCGCAAAGCAAAGAUGUUGGAAAGAUAGAUUUUUGCAUGGGAAGAAAUGCUAGCGUUGACACCCCCAGAUCAAUUGCUACUCCUGAAAGUGACUCUUAACAUGAAUCUGUAUCAAUUCCUGUUCAACUGCAAUUACCAGGACACUUGUCAUUGUUGUUCAAGGUGCCAUCAGAUUUUUUUUUCUUUACCUGAUAUUUACUUCAUAAUGUAAUUCCUGUUUGAAAAUCUAAGGUAGCAUUGCUUUCAUGACUGUUUGUCUUUGUUAUCCUUCUCUGCUUUUGGCGGUGUUACUUCCCUGAAAUUUUAGACAGUAAAAAUAAUGCAGUUUUGCACAGAUAGUUUUACAUCCUCAUUAUUUGUAUUCCUAAGGCUGUUGUAUUCUUAAUGACUGCUCUUGUGAGUGAUUAAAGAGGGGGAGUCUGAUUUUAUAAUGCUAUAAAUGCUGUCUAAAUUAUUGUGUGAUCUCUUUUUUAAAAGAUGUGAUGCCAAGUUGUUAUGAAUGUCCAGGGUUUUUUAGCUGUAUAACACAGGAAACUUACUCUUUGUAACUCACAGAGGAUACUUAAGUGUUUACCAGGAAGUGUGCCCAGAAAGUUAGAAAACUGAUAUUGUAAAAAGUUCAUUUGCAAUUAUUAAAGAACCGUUCUGAUUUUGAGUUAAAUGUUUUAUAAUGUUACUCCUUCUUUUCCUGGCAUUUUAAAAACUCUGUGCUUCUCUGCUUCCAAGGUGCGUAUCUUAAACUGUUCCCCUAAUUAAAUGGGGUUAUAUUUAUAUUUUAUGAGAAGUCUAACAUUUUGAUGCCCUUUUAAGUUCCUUUCUUCAGAGUCAACUGAAGAUCCUUCUCUGGAGGAUUGCCAAAGUGCAGACACUUCUGUAUUUGUACAUUGAAGAUGCUUGAAAAUAACAUUUAUUGUAUUCCAUGUGUUUGCUUUGGGUGUGGGGUAAAUAACAAGUGUUCACCUCAAGACAUCUGACGUAUUUUGGAUUGUUGUUGGGAAAUGUAGAAAUGUUGCAGAACUAUUUGAAUUUAUAACCGUUAUUAUCUAUUCCAAAGAAUCUGAUUUCUUUUUGCAACAAUGCAGUAAUUACAUUUUCCCUUUCCAGAUUACUGAGAAUGACUCUGUUUUUACACACUGUGCUAUGAUAUUCAUGUGCUUCCUUUUCUUUUCAAAUAAAACUUACUUUGUUUCCUAAACCCAAGUUUGUAUCAGGGCGGGGCAACAGUUCUAGAUUUAGUUUAGUAGAUUUUGGCUGCAUACAAGAAUAUAUGAAUGACUAUAAGAAACUUCUAAUGCAAAAUAAAAGAUAUGAGGCCUUUUUGUUUGUCUUGAGUA